GGAAAUUGCAGAGCUCCUGUAGCUAUAUCGGAACGUGUACAAACCCUUUGGAAGCCUGGCAUCUCAUCCUGGCCUGAGCUCACCUUUCGAUAGCUUCCCCCCCACUGCCCUCCCUCACCCGUCGCGAGCCUCGAAGCAUUUCUGAUGUCCUCAUCAAAGCUAGUCCGCCCACCCCGUCUGUUGGGCUUUGGCGGCCGACCCUACAAUUUCUUUGACAGAGAUUCCCUUCCUCGGAAUCUCUCCUCUGUUUUGAAAGGCAAUUUGGCCUCGGCGUUGCUCGUGGAAGGCGCCUUGAUCUUCGCAGACGACCAGGGCCACAUCACUUUCACGGACGCCGACCUCCACGUCUCCCUUCAACACCGCAUUCUGUCUCCUCCUCCUUCCCCCCCUCCCUCCCCCUCCAAUCCUCCCUCCCUCCUCCUCGCCCGCUCCCUCCAGUCCCCUCCCCUCCUCGUGGUCGCCGGCCUCCACGGCCCAGGGGCGCAAGUUGUUAUCCACACCUGGGUGGGAAGCAAAGUCUCAGCGCCCUCCAACACCAUCGCCGUCCUUUCCGCCCUUCAGGCCCUGGCUCCGGGUACCUUAAAUGAGGCCCUGACCGCCGCCGCAGCCAUCCCGACGGCCUUGGCUUGUAACCACGACGGGACGAAGGUCGCCCUCGGCUUCGCUUCCGGCCUCGUCCUCGUGUGGACCAGCAGCUUCCGAGAAGAUCGGAUCAACAUCCCCCUUCCUGCCCUUCUGUUGCGUCCGCCUUUACCCGGGCUCGGGCCGGGGGAAGCGGUGGCGGCGCCCAGACCCGUGACGGCCCUGCUGUUCCAGCAGGGCGGGGAGGAGGGGGGGGAGGGAGGGAGGGAGGGG